CUCUAGCCAUGAGCUUAAAAAAAGAUCUCAUCAUGCAAAGACUCAUACUUCAAGAGGAAAAAAGAUCUAUCUAGAACUAGUUCUUAAAGAUAAAGAAAAAGUACAAUACUAUGCAGCUAAAG